UAGAAUGUGGGAGAGAGACGCCAGUCAUGGCUGGAUAAUGACUGAACAGCUGUGCCAUGCCCUUUAGAGAAACCAGAAUUGCUGAAUAGAAAGACUAAUCAGUGUUAGCUGAGAUCUUUCCCUGAAUGAAUCCAAGUAGCCCUGUUUGCUGCCUUCUGACAUGACUAGGAGACGCACAUCUGUACAGAGGCUGCCUUAAAGAAUAAACUGUGGUUCGAAAGUACCAUGUCCGGCCAAGAGAGUUCUGGGGCACUGCCUUCUACAACAACAGUCAGCUCUGUCGCUGUGCAGGCUGGGGACUCCAGGAUUGUCAUAGCUAUCUUGAAGAGUGGAAAAUGGGUAAAACUCCAGCUGGCUGAAUCCUGUCCCAACCUUCUGGAAAUUGGUGGUAGCCAAGAUGAGACCAAGAAGCUACUUGAGGAUCAUGAACUCCUCCUGGCCAAACUCAAGGCUUUGGAAGAUCAGGUAUGGGACCUAUUACAGGAGGCAGACAAGGCAGCUGAGGAGAACAAGGACCAGCAUCAAGUCUAUGAGGCCAUGGCUGAGACUCUGGGAGAUGCCUGGGCAGCCUUGGUCACUGUGCUGGAGAGGAGAAGAGAGCUCCUGAAACUGACUUCAGAAUUUUUCGAAAAUGCCUUAGAGUUUGCUAUUAAAAUAGACCAAGCUGAAGACUUCCUGCAAAACACCCAGGAGUUUGAGAAUACUGAAUCCUUAAAAUCGCUUCUUCAACUCCAUGAACACCAUUCUAAAGAACUCUUAGGACGAUCCCUAACUCUCCUAAACAAAAGUCAACAACUGAUUGAAUUCAUAGAAAAAUUCAAAUAUGAUGGACCUAAUGUGAACCCCGAGUUGAUUCAGGGGGCUCAUAGCAGUUGCUUGAAGAUUGACAACCUUCUUGAAUUGCUACAAGACAGGAGAAGGCAGUUGGACAAGUACCUGAAGCAGCAACGCCAGGAACUGGAGCAGGUCUUGCAAAUUUGCCAGUGGGACCAAGAGGAAAACCAGGUAUCCUGUUGGUUCCAGAAAACCAUAAAAAAUUUACAGAAGCAGCAUCUAGGUUCAUCACUGUCAGAAAAUGAAGAAUUGAUUCGAAAGCAUAUGGAACUGGUAUUAAAAGCAAAAGAAUGGAAUUCUGCUGUUGACAAACUGAAGAGCGAAGCCCUCAGGAUUCUGCUGACAGAAAACCAUGUGGAGAAAGAACACCUCCAGAUUUCAAACCAGAAGUUGAACCAGCUUCAAGAAGAGUUUGCCCAACUCAUGGAGAAAAGGAAGACCCUGUUACAAGAGGCAAAUGAUUUUUUUAACAGUGUUAACAAGGCAUUUGAUAUACUUGGAAGAGUUGAGGCUUGCCUUAAGCUCCUUAAAUCUGAGGGUUUAAGCCUGCCUGUCUUGGCAGCGAGGCAUGAGGAAUUACAUCGAGAAAUUAAAGACUGUACGGGGGAUGCUUUGCAAAAGGGACAAGCCUUAAUCAGCCAAGGAGAUUCCUGCAGCUCUCAGAUGGCUGGCAUUCAUGAAAUGAUGGGAUGCAUUCGGAGAAGAGUGGAUCAGCUAAGCCAGCAGUGUUCUGCUCAUAAGGAACUUGCUCUUAAAAAACAGCAAUUAACUGCCUCAAUGGAGGGAUACCUGAGGAAGGCGACAAUGUCAGUUCAGAAAAUCAGUCCAAUACUUUCAAAUAGUAUGGAUCUUGGCUCCUGUCUUUCAGAUUCAGAGCGAAUUUUAAGCAAAUACCUGGAACUAGAGAGCCAAGCUAAGGAGACAUCACAUGAAUUAGAAGCAGCUGUGAAAAUCAUGGAAGAAGAAGACACAUUUGAGCCUGCUGAAGAGGCCUCCCUGUUUACUAAAGCUGCACUAAUAAAGGAAGAACUGGAUAGGCUUGUCAGAAAUACCACCUCCAAGGUGCAAAUCCUCCAAACUCACGUGGCAUUUCUAAAGUCAUCAGAGAAGGUAGAGGAGCUGACUAGGAACCUAAAGGAGUUUUUCGAAACGGAAGUGACUCAACUGGAAAAAGGAGAAACUCAAUUCUUGUCUUGUGUGGAGUCUCCCAAUAGCCAGUGGGAAAUGUUUUUAAAGGAGAGUUUUUCAACUCAAGACCUGGGGCUUGAAUUUCUUAAUUUAAUAAAUAUGGCAAAUGAGGACAUUAUAUUAAAGGUGAAAAAUGUUAUACAUGUUACUGACAACAUGCUAGAAAACCAUAAUGCAGAGCGGGAGGAGCUCAAGAAUCUCUGGAUUGCACGGCAACUUCAGGUGAACCAAAUCAAGUCCAUUAAACAGCAGUGGGCAACCUUUAAGGAACAGCUAAAAAAGACAACUCAGAACUUGAAACUUCUUCAGGAAAUGUUUACCCCAGUGUCUGCACUUGACCUUGGAGGCAGCCUUCAGACUCUCUUAGAUCUACAAAAAAAAAGGAACCAAAUGAAACCUCAGUUUCAGCAACUGGAUGCUGAGGUCUGCUACAUUCUAAAAGUAUUCGAAGUGUUAAACCUCAAAGGAGCCCCUGUAAAGGAGAAGACUCAACAGGUGAAGGAGCUCACUCAACUUCACCAGAAGCAGAAAGAGAGACUUCAAGAUUAUGAGAAUAUACUCUCUAAGGCAGUCAGAUUCCAUCGAGUCAAGGAAGAACUGGAAAGUCUCACCAAAUUAGAAGUGGAGCUUCUUGAGCCAGUGCUUGAAUGGGAUGACACCUUCCAUGCUAAAGUUCUCCUCUCUGGUUCUCAAGAAAAGCAGGCUCACAUAGAACGUCUUUAUAAAUUGGCCCUUUUCUUGGGAAUGGACAUCAUUUCAGCAGUGCAGCAACCGACCUGCUUUAAUAUUUCUGCAAAGACUCUCCAGCAGCAGCUUCAAAUACUCCAAGGUGACAGUAUGGCCUGGCACUCCAAAGCCAACAAGUACGAGGAGGAGCUGACCCGCAUUUUACAGUACUGCUCUACUAAAGAAGAGAUAAAUGAGCAUCGAGAAUCAUUCAAAGAUAUUAAAAAGAAAUUUAACAAUUUGAAAUUUAACUAUUCCAAGAAAACAGAAAAGGCUCGCAAUUUGAAAGCUCUCAAAAACCAAAUUCAACAGGUGGAUAUUUAUGCUGAAAAAAUGCAGACCCUAAAGAAAAAAAUGGAAAAUUUUGAGAACAAAAUAUCUGAUUCUUUAUUAAAUUAUCCAAACGAUAAAGUAAUGAUACUCUUGGAAUCAAUAAAGGAUUUGAAGAAACAAGUGGAUGAAUUUGGCAGAGUUGUGGAAGAUUACAAGAAGAAUUUGGAUCUGACUGAGCAUCUUCAGGAGUUGAUGGAAGAGUGUCAAUUUUGGUGCGAAGAAGCCAGUGCUACGGUUGUUAGAGUUGGGAAAUACUCCACGGAAUGCAAGACAAAGGAGGCUAUAGACAUUCUUCAUAAACAGUUCAAUAAGUUUAUCAUGCCUACGGUGCCUCAGCAAGAAGAGAGGAUUCAGGAGAUCACUGCCCUGGCUAAACGCUUAUAUGGUCUGGAAGAAGGGCAGAAGUAUGCUGAGAAAAUAAUAACAAAACACCAAGAGGUUCUAGAAUCUGUUACUGAAUUGUGUGGCUCACUAACGGAACUUGAACAGAAACUGGAGGAACAAGAGCCAAUGGCAGCUAUUCCAAUUCACAGAAGAGCAGGGGAGGACCAGUUUUUCCAGGAAGAAUCAUCUUCUGCCAAAGAGGAUUCCCCACAGGCUCUGCUCCUCUCGGAAGAAGGGCCCUCAGGGGAUGAAUCUGAUUGUGCCUCCCCAGAUGAUAUCUCCUUGCCUCCACUUCCUGGGAGCCCUGAAUCAAACCUCUUGCAAUCUGAAGUGGAGUUUGAGGAGCUGCCCAUGCAGAACCCUCAGAGCCUGCACAUCAGCUCCUACAACUUACAGAUGAAGAUCGAUGCCAGUGAUCCACAAGCAACCUACAAACCUGGUCCUUCAGCACCUGCUGCUUUUGUCUCCAAUAGCUGGAGGGAAGAAGCUCCAAGUCUAAAUGAGAGGCCUUUACCUCUCUCCCCAGGACACUGCCCCAAGGUCAAAGAUGAUACCCCUUUAACUCCCCUGGAAUCCCUGGAAACGAGCACCACCUUCAGAAAAAUCCAUGCUGAACCUCCAGAGAGCAUGAUGAGUAAAGUGCAUGAAACAUGUUUGCAACAAUGCCAUCAAGUUCACAAAAGCAUGCUCGAAACCCAAGAACAAUUGCAUGAUAAUAACUUUACUAAAACCCAAGAUAGGCUGCAUGCUAACCCUGAUGCAUUCCCAGGUCUCCUGUUUCAGUCAGAUACCAGCAGAAGCUCCCAGGUCACCCGAGAAGAGAUUAAGAGUACAUCAGGAAAGAACAGCCGGGUCAGCCUAGCUGGUCAGGCUCCUAACUUCUCCAGGCUCCUGUCUAAUGUCACAGUCAUGGAAGGUUCUCCAGUGACUUUGGAAGUCGAAGUAACAGGAUUUCCAGAGCCUACAUUGACCUGGUACAAGAAGGGCCAGAGAUUGACAGCAGAUGGUCACUUAAAGGUUUUACACAAGGAGACAAAGCACACAGUGUUCAUUCAGAAGGUGUGUGAGACAGAUGCGGGCCUCUAUGUUGCUCGGGCCCAAAACACUAGUGGCACUCUCUCUUCCAGUGCCAUCCUCUACGUGACAGUAAAAGGGAAACUUCCAAAGUUCUUAGAAAAAUUUGGACCUGCCAAUCUGAAGGAGGGAGAAGACUUAAUUCUGCACUGCACUGUCUCUGGAAGACCCAGGCCAAAUGUGAUUUGGACCAAAGACAAUGUCCAAGUGGCAGCGGGAGACAUCAACAUUCAUAAAUUAGGUGAUAAUUAUUACCUUUUUAAAAAGAAUGUGAUCCUCUCAGAUACUGGGGAAUACGUUUGCUCUGCAAGAAAUGCGGUGGGAGAGGUGAGCUGUUCAGCAAGCAUCAUAGUCACAGGGAAAAAGAAAAGAGAAGAAAUGGGCUGCAUAACUGAGGCAGAAGCUGAAAGUGGACCCAAGGUUUUGCUAGAAUGUACACCCACAAGUAGAGAGGAGCAGGGCCCAGCUACACACAUCAGCCAGAAGACAAUGACAAAACAGUUUUCAGUGAGGUAAAAACCCAGGGGAACUCCUGCAACACAGAGAUGACAGAAUCUGGGACAUGAAGAAAAUGUCAACAAGAAUGGCCACUUACUAUGGAGAAGAUGCAGCAGAAGUGGCAGAGAACAAGCUGAAUUAGAGGAUGUUUAACAGGAAAUAGAGACCUGCCUGUGAAGUCAGAAGACCUGGAUUCAAAUCCCAACUCUGAGCAUAUUGGCUAUGUAACCCUGAGCAAGUCACUCAACCUCUUAGUGCUUUAGGCCAGAGGUGUCAAAUAUACAUGCAGCACAUGGGUGCAUGUGGCCCACAAUACUGCAAGUGAGGCCCAAACCAGAUUAAUUGGGAAAUAUUUAACAAAAUUUUUAAAAAAUACAAUGUAGAAAAUGUUAAUUUGUGGUUUUCUAAGUCAAUAUGUAGGGUAUCUCAGAACUGUGUCUAACUGUGACUCGAUUUGGGGAUUUCUAGAUAUUGGAGUGGUUUGCCAUUUCCUUCUCUAGUUCAUUUUACAGAUAAGGAAACUGAGGCAGACAGGAUUAAGUGA